ACCAUGUCACUCUCAGUGCGCACUUCUGGGCUGCCCCACCAGCUAUCCAUCCAAAACGGGACAGCAGGCAGAGCCAGGGGAAUGUCGGCUUCCAGCAUUGGAAGUGGCUAUGGGGAAAGUCACUUUGGCUUUGGAGGCGACUGUGGUGGAGGCUUCUCUGCUGCUUCCAUGUUUGGUUCUAGUUCUGGCUUUGGCAGUGGCUCUGGAAGUUACCUAGCUGGAGGCCUGGGGGGUGGCUUUAGAGGCCUAGGCAUUGGCUUUGGGGGAAGCCCAGGAAGAGGCUCCUUCAGUAUUCUCUCUGGCACUGAGGGAGGCCUUCUUUCUGGAUCAGAAAAAGAAACCAUGCAAAACCUUAAUGACAGAUUGGCUUCCUACCUGGAGAAGGUUCAAGCUCUAGAAGAGGCUAACACUGAGCUAGAAAACAAAAUUCGAGAAUGGUAUGAAACACAGGGAUCAGGGACUGGAGACUCCAAGUCACAGAGCGAUUACAGUAAAUAUUAUCCAUUAAUUGAGAACCUCAGGAAUAAGGUCAUUUCUGCCAGCAUUGAAAAUGCCCAGCUCAUCUUGCAGAUUGACAAUGCCAGACUCGCUGCCGAGGACUUCAGAAUAAAGUAUGAGAACGAGCUGGCUCUGCGCCAGUGUGUGGAGGCCGAUAUCCACGGCCUGCGCAAGGUUAUGGACGAGCUGACCCAGGCCAGAUCUGACUUGGAGAUGCAGACAGAGAGCCUGACUGAGGAGCUGGCCUACUUGAAGAAGAACCACGAGGAGGAGCUCCAAAGCUUUCUAGCAGGUGGUCCCAGCCAGGUCAGUGUAGAAAUGGACGCUGCCCCUGGAGUGGACCUCACCAGGCUUCUCAGCAACAUGAGGGCACAGUAUGAAGCCAUCGCUGAACAGAACCGUAAGGACGUGGAGGCCUGGUUCAAUGAAAAGAGUGGGGAGCUCAGGAAGGAGAUCAGUACCAACACGGAGCAGCUUCAGUCCAGCAAGAGCCAGGUCACCGACCUGAAGCGCCUGAUUCAAAACCUCGAGAUCGAGCUCCAGUCCCAGCUCACCAUGAAGAAAUCCCUUUCGGACUCGUUGGCAGAAACCGAGGGCGAUUACUGCAGCCAGCUGUCCCAGGCGCAGCAGGCCAUUGGAGGGCUGGAGGCGCAGCUGCUCCAGGUGCACACUGACGCUGAGCGCCAGAACGCAGACCACCAGCGGCUGCUGAACGUCAAGGCCCGCCUGGAGCUGGAGAUCGAGACCUACCGAAGCCUGCUGGAGGGCGAGGCCGAAGGCAAUGGUGUGGAUGAAAGCUCAUCUGUGACAGACUCCAAAUCUGAGGCACAGUCAACUGAUUCCUCUAAAGAUGCAAACAAAACUCGAAAAAUCAAGACAAUUGUUCAAGAGGUGGUGAAUGGUGAGGUGGUCUCAUCCCAAGUUCAGGAAAUUGAAGAACUAAUAUAA